CCAACGUGCCCAGGCUGAGAAAGAAAGAGAAGAAUCCAGUAUAGCUCCUUGCCAGGCAGCUAGCAUCCUAUAAAGUAAGCCAGGCAGGCCAGGUGGCUAUCCACCUGACGGGUACUGGGACUUGGCUUUUCUGGCAGCGCCCGAUGGUCCCUACAACCCCUCCAGAAAGUGCAUGAGGUCUGGCACUACCUGCAGAGUGGCUGAACAUUUGGCAAUCAACAACAAGGGCCACAAACCAUGUCAGGCUCCUACGAUGAGUCUGCGGCAUCUGCUGAAGAAAUAACUGACAGCUUCUGGGAGGUGGGGAACUACAAACGGACGGUGAAACGGAUUGAUGAUGGAUAUCGGCUGUGCAAUGACCUGAUGAACUGUGUCCAUGAGCGGGCAAAGAUAGAGAAGGCAUAUGGCCAGCAGCUGGUAGAUUGGUCCAAGCGGUGGAGACAACUAAUAGACAAAGGCCCACAGUACGGCAGCUUGGAGAAAGCGUGGAUGGCCAUAAUGACAGAGGCGGACAAGGUGAGCGAGCUGCAUCAGGAAGUGAAGAAUAGCUUGUUGAAUGACGACUUCGAGAAGAUGAAGAACUGGCAGAAGGAUGCCUUCCACAAACAGAUCAUGGGAGGCUUCAAGGAGGCCAAGGAAGCAGAGGAUGGUUUUCGGAAAGCACAGAAACCCUGGGCCAAGAAGAUGAAGGAGCUGGAAACAGCCAAGAAAGCAUAUCACCUGGCAUGCAAAGAGGAGAAGCUUGCUAUGACUCGGGAAGCCAACAGCAAGGCUGAGGCAUCCAUCACCCCAGACCAGCAGAAGAAGCUGCAAGACAAAGUGGAAAAGUGCAAGCAGGAUGUGCAAAAGACCCAGGAGAAGUAUGAGAAGGUGGUGGAGGAGCUGAGUAAGUGCACCCCACAGUACAUGGAGAGUAUGGAGCAAGUCUUUGAGCAAUGCCAGCAAUUUGAAGAGAAGAGGCUCAGCUUCCUGAAGGAGGUGCUGUUAGAUAUCAAACGGCACCUCAACCUGGCAGAGAACAGCAGCUAUUCUAAAGUCUACCGUGAGCUGGAGCAGGCCAUCCGCACAGCCGAUGCGCAGGAGGACCUUCGUUGGUUCCGCAACACCAGUGGCCCAGGGAUGCCUAUGAACUGGCCACAACUAGAGGAGUGGAAUCCAGAUGCAGCGCAAACGAUAACCAGGAGAGAGAAACCUAAAAAGAACGAAGGAGGCAACACAUCCAAUGCCAGUGGUGGUGGGGAGGCUACAGCACAAUCUGGGGACCGUGGCAGCGUGAGCAGCUAUGAACGUGGCCAAGCCUACGCGGCAGAGUGGUCAGACGAUGAGGGCGGCAACACUUACAACUCCAGUGAAGCCAACGGCGGUGCCAACUCCUUUGAGGAAGAACCGGCUGGGAAAGGCGUGCGCGUACGAGCUCUGUAUGAUUACGAUGGGCAGGAGCAGGAUGAACUGAGUUUCAAAGCAGGUGAUGAAUUAACCAAAUUAGGUGAAGAAGAUGAGCAAGGGUGGUGCAAAGGGCGCUUAGACAACGGGCAACUUGGUCUUUAUCCAGCUAACUACGUGGAAUCUAUCUAGUUCUGUCAUGUUCUCACUGCUGUCAGAAAAACAAACAAACCCUCUGUCAUUUCCCGUCUCUCUAUGCCAGCCAAGUAGCCAUCUUGCCGUCCAGUCACUCACUCAGCACAGUUAGAGAUCUAAACAUAUUUUCCAAUCAAUCUUUUAUUUUUUUAAUAGCCAUCUCUGAAGAGUAUUUUGUGGUUGCUUCAAUCUUUUUUUGAGAUAAUGAGAUAUGAAAGGUCGACACUGUCUAUGGAAGGAUUGUUAUGUUGAUGAAAGCCAAUACCUCAACCCUUUAAAGCCUAACCAAUGAGGCUUCUGAUUGGUUGGUUUUUAAGGAUAAUGUGUUGAUGAGCCAAUUUCCAAUUGGCUUGAACUAUUUGAAACUUCUGGCACUUAAGCUACUGGGACCAAUCCAAUUCACCCUCUGAAUAGAAUGAAGCAAGUAAAAUUAAGGAGGAAAUGAAAUAUACCCUCAUUGAUUUGUUCUUCAUCUCUACUCCUUCUGUAUUUUCUUUCUUAGCUUUUCCUAUUUUGAAAAGCAAAAGGCACAUUCUCUUUGCCUUCUCUAAGAAGCCCCAAUCAUAUUCUUGUGCUGUACUAUUCUUCCCUCCAGCUGAUCCAUCUGAAGGUGUAUGCUAUGAUUUAAAGGAUUCACUCCACAGAGCCCUGAGAUUCCAUUUCCCCUAUGAGACUGCAGCACGUUGUGGCUUCUCAUUCUACUGACUUGAGAUAUACAGAGGCUCUGAGAUCAAGACGGAUACCCUUACAAAUCAUAAAAGUGUACCACAAUGGCUCCUUUCUCACAGCUUCUCUUGAGGAAUUGGGCUGCAAUACUCAGGACUUGAUCAGAUGGUGGUGGGGCAGAUGCAUCUCUUUAAUACACAAACAUAACACAGAUGUCUCAGCUAUUUCAAGCCUGAGAGAUGUCUGUUGAGGCAGGAGACAGAUGAGAUGCAAAGCAGUCAGUCAG